UCGCGCCUCCAAUUUCGGCGACCGAAAAUACUUGUCCCAAUCCUCGGGCAGAUUAGAAGAAGUGAAUUAUACGUCGAGGCGGUAGCCCGACCGGAUCGCGACGCAAUCCUACUAUGCUGCCUCAGCUAGGGCGACAAAACAGGCUUGCCGGUGUCAUGGGACCAGCCAGUUGGGCACUGGUGGCAUUUUGUCUACUAGGACAUCAAGUUGUGUUCAACGGUCCCGCUAGUAUAGGUGACUUAAGCGACUUUUCAAAGAAAAAAAAGGAAAACGCGAGAAGGAUGGGAGAAGGAGAGACUUCGUGGAUUCGCAGCCUAACUGUUCAAGUCCAUUUUGGACGAACACGGGCACUGCCACGAAAUACUUGCGGCGUUAGGGUCAUGAUGCAUUUGCAGAAGGCGGUACGAGGCCGGAAGGAUACGAUACCAGGUUCAUCGGUUCCCCGGCGUUAUUUAGGAAUACGGCCGUCCGAGGAGUCUCUGACUUUCCCCUGCCCUGCCCUCCCCUCUACUUACGAGCACGAGGCACCGCUACCAGCUAUGCACCAUCGAGUUGACGGUGGUACUAGUAAAACACCUACCAUGCCGGCACCCGGCCGCGCGCGGGAGAAAAGAAGCAAACACACACAUAUACACACAUUUGUUUGAGGGCCAUCCCCGUGGUGAGAAGCCCCUCUUGUACGAUGGGACAAGCCUUGGGUGUUCUAUAAUCGGGUCUGCAUCGUGUAUAUACAUAUCUCUCCCCUUCCAAAUUUCCACGGCUUUGGACGAGGAUGGUAUAUACGCGGGCACGGCUUAGCAAGACGAAGGGGGAGAAGACAGAAACAAGACUUUCAAAACGUCUCUAGUGCCUCAAGGACGAACUAACCCACGUACCGUACGCGCUUGUGUUACUAACCCUACCUGCCUAGGCGUUGCCGAGACAAUUGUGGAAGAGUGAAGAAAACACGCGCUUUCAAACGUGUUUGAGGUUAC